CCCUACUGAACUGUGUGUGUGCUUGACAGAGACUUUUGAAGGCCUUUAACCAUGAAGCACUGUGUGCUGUUGUCACUGUUGUUGGCGUUGGGGUGCGUCCACGGAGCCCCUGUGGACCAGGACGGCAUGGCGGCAGGUUCCUGUACAGAUGAGGCCAUGGUGGGUGUCGCAAAAGAGGCUCUCACCAAGAUCAACCGGGACCGGACUGAGGGCUACAAGUUCAGCUUCCACAGCCUGGCCAAUGUCCACACAGAAACACAUGGAGAGACCGGCAUAGUUUAUUACAUGACUCUGAGGGUUGUGGAGACCAACUGCAGCGUCCUCAGCGGGAAGGACUGGAAGCUCUGCCAGGCUCGUCCCAUUGAAGAUACACCGGUUUAUGGACAGUGUAAAGCUGUCCUCUACAUCAAUAAACCACACAGAGUGGUGCGUCUCUACAAAUACAACUGUGUUGUCAGGCCAGCUCCUAAAACAAAGGUGUAUGAAGUAUGUCCAGACUGUCCAACCUUUGUCACCAACAGUGAUGAGAUGAAGCAGAUUGCAUCUCAGUCUAUGGAGGGUUUCAACAGACAGAGUCAGUUGGCCAAUAAGUUCGCCUUGGACAAGGUCACCCGUUCUUCUUUGGCAAUGGGCAUGGCUACAUUUUACAACGUAGAAUUCACCAUCCAGGAGACGACCUGCACUAAGGACAAUGACACAGCAGCAGAAAACUGUCCUGUCAUGGACUGCGAGUUUGCUCACAAGGGCUUCUGUAAGGCUUCCAAAUCCCGUAGUCCCACCGGCGAUGAGGAAAUAAGUGUUCAGUGUGAGAUCUAUGAGCCCGAGGCCGCUGAGAGGGAGAAGCGCCUGCACAACCUGGGUGCAGAGACCGACCACAGCCACAACGACACAGACCAUACCCACGACCACACCGCAGACCAGACCCACGACCACGCACACGACCACACCAAGAGCCACGCUCACCACGACCAAACCCACACGCACGCAGAGGGCGGCGACCACCACCACACACAUGACCACCAGCCAGGCAGCACCCACAGGCACGCCCACGACCACUCCCACGAUCACGGUCACGGCCACGACCACGUGCACGCUCACCACGCCAAGGCGCACGACCACAGCGGAGACUCGCCCAACCACCACCACGACUACAAACACGCCGACGGCACCCACACCCACGAGCACGACCACGAGCUGGCUCUGGAUCACGACCACAAGCACAGUCACCUGCACGAACACGAGCACCACCACCAUCACCAUGACCACCACCACGAGACCACGGCCCACGACCAUCCAGAGGGCGAGGUCAAGGUUAUCCCCGCUAUGGGCGAGGCCACGCAAGAUACCGCCGUCCCAUCUGCAGCCCCUGAGGUUGGAGUGACCCUGCCCGCCAAGCCCGACCCCCAGAUCCCUGGAGAGAGAGAGCCCACCGUCCUCCCCUACCCCACCGCAGUCUCAGCCGAGUGCCCUAAGGCGCUGGAAUCUAACUUCGUGGACAAUCUCUUCACUGAGGACACCACAUUCUAACCAGAUGAAUAAAGUUUCCACAUUGAAGUCACAUGCGUACAUUACUGUCUUUUAAAAAACACAUUGAAUUGUAAUAGAAACAGGAAUUCAACACAUACUGACAAUAUUUUUACAUCAACUUCACCUCCCUUUUGAGACACACAGCUACACUUACACUUACCAUCUCAAAUAUUGAAUGUUAUUUUACAGUCAUGCAAGUAACAUGAAAGUUUUCUAUAUCUGUCAUCUAUGCUUGGCUGCACAAGAAAAUAAAUGCUACCACAAAUAUUCCUUCUGUGCUUUUGUAUUGACGAAAACCAAAGAAAUCUCCAGAUGAUUCUGUAUUUAUGCUAUUUUUGCUCUUUGUUAUACUCUAUGACACUGUGGGGACCUAUUAGCUAAUAUAGAAACCAUCCAGCUAUUACAAUAAUAAGCAAAAUGCUAAGAACUUUAGCUUUAAAAGUGAUGUAUCAGGCUAAAUGUGGAUUUUCUAAGCAAAGCAAAAAAUGAACAAAUUGGUGAACUGACUGAUUAUUCUAUUUGGCCGGU